UUCUUCAUUCGUUUGUCACAGUUUGGUAAUUGCUCGUUCAAUUGCCAUCACGUCGUUUUCGCUUAUUCCUGCACAUUUAAAUUAGUUAAAAUAAAAUACAAUAAAAUAAUAGUAUUUUACUUUUAUUGUAUAACAGAACAUUUAACUAAUGCUUCGAAAAACGUAAAAUAUUUACUUUUUUCGUAACAAUAAGUGAAAUACGCAAUAGACGAAUAAAGCAGCAAAGUGAAGGGGAAAAUUAGUGGAAACUUAAUUUUCUUCGGGCUUCUCAAGUAUUCAAAGGAAACAUAUAACCAUUGAUUGCUGUAAGGACCGUAGCGGUAUCCGGCCAGACCAAAAACUAAAGCAGAAUAAGUUUUACAUCUGCUUUAAUUGAUUGCGAAAAAAUUGGAAUAGUUUUAUUGCAAUAGAACUAUAAUAAAGAACUUCGCAUCGAAGCGGAAAAUAUAAAUUGAACUAUUUCAGUGAAAUAGUGGUCAACUAUAAAGUUAGAAGCAACGUGGAAAAUACGACUUUUAUUCUAGAAGAAUAGAAGUCAAUUAGUUAAAGAAAAAAGGACACAAAAUAUAAACCCACUUUUCGACGAAACUUUGCCAGAAAAGUAAAUAAAAUGUACGCAGGUGGUUAUGCAGUGAAUGGCGGCAGCCCACAUGCCAACUCGAAUGGUUUUUAUGGUGGUGGUGGGGCAGGCGCUGGCCCACGUCCUGAACGUCCACAUUAUCAGCGUAACACCAUGAAUAACGGCAGCAACGCCGGUAUGCCCUAUGGCGGCGGAUCGGGUUUAUAUGGAGGUGCCCAAAGCACCUACCGUGGCGGUAACAAUUCUAAUUCAAUGAUGACAAGUGGGGGUCCUAGCUUUUAUGGGAACGGCGUUAGUAAUCCUGGUGGUUUCCAAGCUCGUGGUAAAAAUCCAAAUUUCGUACCCCGUCAUCAGAAACCCAACGGUGGUUACCAACCAAACAAUGGCGGAUAUCAUGGCGGUAUUAAUCUGGGAUUAUUGAGCAAAGAAGAGAGAGCUGAAUUACAGCGUGAAAAGGCAAAAAAUCCUGGACGUAAUUUACAAAUUCCACGUUGGGAAAACCUACAACCUUUCAAGAAAAAUUUCUAUGUACCACAUCAAAACACUCUAAAUAUGAGUGAACAACAAGUCGUCGAAUUGCGAAAUGAAUUAGAAAUUACUGUAUCCGGUAAUGGUAUUCCACAUCCAGUGUCAUCGUUUGAAGAGUGUUCGCUACCAGAAUACACUAUAGAAGAAAUGAAGCGUCAAGGCUUCACAAAGCCUACUGCUAUUCAAGCACAAGGAUGGCCGAUUGCGCUUAGUGGCCGUGACCUGGUUGGCAUCGCGCAAACGGGCUCCGGUAAAACUUUGGCAUACAUGUUGCCAGCAAUGGUCCACAUUGCGAACCAACCACCACUACAACGUGGCGACGGACCUAUAGCUCUCGUAUUAGCACCUACACGUGAAUUAGCUCAACAAAUUCAAUCCGUUGUACGUGACUACGGACACUUGUCUAAACCCGAGAUCCGUCAUACCUGUAUUUUUGGAGGCUCAUCAAAAGUACCUCAAGCACGUGAUUUAGAAAGAGGUGUUGAAGUCAUUAUUGCAACUCCGGGACGACUGAUAGAUUUCUUGGAAAAUCGUAACACAAAUUUGCAACGAUGCACCUAUUUGGUAUUGGAUGAAGCCGAUCGUAUGCUGGAUAUGGGUUUCGAACCACAAAUCCGUAAAAUAAUAGAACAAAUUCGUCCUGAUCGACAAGUAGUAAUGUGGUCUGCAACUUGGCCUAAAGAAGUACAGGCACUUGCCGGAGAUUUCCUAAAAGAUUACAUUUCUAUCAAUAUUGGUUCAAUGAAUCUUUCGGCUAAUCACAAUAUUCGUCAAAUGGUUGAAAUAUGUCAAGAAAUGGAGAAACCUCAGCGCAUUGUUAAAUUACUACAAGAAAUUGCACCGACAACCAACAACGCUGCAAAUAAUAAUAACAAAAUAAUUAUUUUUGUCGAAACUAAAAUCAAGGUCGAGGAAAUCUUGCAAAUUAUUCGCAACGAAGGUUAUACUGCCACCUCCAUACAUGGCGACAAGUCGCAACCUGAACGCGAUUCAGUGCUAAAAGAUUUCCGCAAUGGAAAGUCGAAUAUUUUGAUUGCCACUGAUGUCGCUUCUCGUGGUCUAGAUGUGGAGGAUUUGCAGUAUGUUAUCAAUUAUGAUUACCCAAAUUCGUCGGAAAAUUAUGUUCAUCGCAUUGGACGCACUGGACGUUGCCAGCAAUUGGGAACCGCAUAUACUUUCUUUACCCCGGACAAUGGAAAGCAGGCACGUGAUUUGAUUUCUGUAUUGGAGGAGGCCGGUCAGGUACCACCUCAAGAAUUGUUGGAUUUGGCACGCUCAUCAGGUGGUAAUGGUAAUGGCCGCGGAAAUAAUAAUCGUCGCUGGCAACAGCAGCCUACCCAUCAACAGCGUAGCAAUCCCUUGAAUUAUCAAGCUGGCAACAACGCUAACGGCGCGUACGCUCCGAAACAGAAUCACUAUCAGCAACAAAACAACAGUAUGUAUCAGCCACAUAACGGUGUUAGCAGUGGUGGUGCUGGUGGCAACUGGAACAAUCGAUCCGGUGUGGUUGGUGGCGGAGCUGGUGGCCAAUACAACAAUCCCGAUGCCAGUGGCGGUCGCACAUAUCGCCCACGUGCUCCCUUUAAUGCCGGCGGUCCACGCCCUAUGAUAGGCUACAUACCGCCACAUAUGCAACAAAAUAAUGGUUACGUACCACAACAGCAGUAUCGACCACGUAGUCAACAAUUCAUUCCACAGCAGAAUGGUAAUGUACCACGUUUUCAGCAAUAUCAAAAACGAGAAUAUAAUCAACAACAACACUACGAUAAACAGCAAAAUAUAGUGGCUAAUGGCGGCGCUGGUGGUGGUGUAGAGCAUCAACCGCAUAACGGUGUUAUCAACGGUACAACAAUACAACAACAGCAACAGCAGCAACACCAACAGCAAGUAAAUGUUGCUGCAAAUAUUGCAGCUGCAGUGGCUGCUGCCGGUGGUCAAUUGGGCGGUGAGUAUCCUAGCAAUGUGUCGACACCACCGGCUGCAGCUUUAUAUGCUGCACCAGCACAAUCGCCUCCUACUGCAGCUGCCAAUACUGCGGCUGCUUAUAUGUAUGAUGCUAGUGGUGUUUUGGCUGCUGCUGCUGCCGCCGCCGCUGCCAAUCCAUAUGGCGGUUUGGCACCAGCAGCAUACUACGCACACCCGCACCAGUUUGCUGCGGGUGUGGCACCAGCCACCACUGCUGACGUUUUGCAACAACAACAGCAGCAGCAACAACAACAGCAACAGCAGCAAAGAGCGUAAGUGCAUCAGACGUAUGAAAAAUAGCAGUGCGCUUAGCAAGCAUAUAACAUAUACAUACAUUUCUUCAAUUUUAUCGACUUACUUACAAAUAUUUACUUAUUGAUACUACAUAAAAAAAAACAUUCAUAAAUAAUAAUAAUCGAUAAACGGUAACUGUUCAAAGGUAUACAUUAAAUAUAUAAAGCCGGUAUGAGCCAAAAGGCACUUAAACGAGAGUUAAAAAUAAAAAAAAAAAAAAAUAACACACAUUGCAAAGAACGAAACAAUUGAAAACGGUAGAAAAUGUGUAGCGAAAUAAUACAUUGACAUAUGUAUGUAAUCACUUACAUGCAUAUAUACGAGUAUUUGUGAAAAAAAUAACCUAAGUAUUCCCGGUGAAACAUACUUUUAUUUUUCAAAUUAAUCUUAAAUCGGCUUUAAGAAACAUUACAUUAACAUUAUUCUUACAAUAAAUUAUUGGAGUAGUCGUUAUAAACGCAGCAGCACCGUGGGCAGCCUUCAGGUGUAAACGGCUACCCCACAAAAUUAUCUAAUCUUCAAUAAUUACAUAUGACUUAAGAAGUGAAUAAUUAUCUUACAUACAAACCGUAAAAUUUAAUUUCACAUAAAUUUUAAAAUAUGAAUUAUUUUAACGCAUAUGAUUUUUUUGUUUUGGUAUAAGAAUGUUAGAGAAAAAAGAAAAAUGAAUUGGCUUCAACGCACCGCUCUGUGGUGUAGCGGUAAUAAAUAUUAUUUUAAGCAUUUGAAAAUGUACCUAAAUUCUGCAAAGUGCAUUUUUUGAAUUCUCUAUUAUUUUAUAACUACGAAAUUCCUAGUUCCGGUUUCUAAAAAAAAAAAACACUACAAAACCAAGCGAGCAACUAAAAGAAAGUAGUCAGUAACUAUGAAACAACAAUUUAAACGCUGAACUUUUUAAAACUGCAUCAAAUGAAAUGAAAUUAAAUAAAAAAAAUUAGCUGAGUUUCGUACGCAAAUAUGUGACCCUAUAAAACUUUUUUAUAACACACUUUCGAUUUAAUCAUAAAAAAUACUUCAAAAGAGAUAGAGAUAUUUCGCAAAUUAUCUUCUAUGCAACUCAAUUCGUUUUUAAGUUAUUAGAUGCAUAAAAUUGUAAUGGAAAAGAAAUAUCGCGUUGCAUCGAUUGAAGUACAUAUAUUAUUAUCCUAUUUUAUAUAUUUUUUCAACAGUUUAUUUUAACUGUUUUUUUUUUCAAAAAAUGAAUUAUACUAACUUUAGAAUAGAUUUCUCAGGUACAGCUCAUUACGGUGGAAGAUCAUGAUUGUAUUAAAUCAAAUAAGAGAUAGGAGUAAAAUUCUGCAGAUUUACAGAGAUGAUAUUUGCAUGAAUCAUACGCAAAUAUCGUUGAAAGUAACGCUGCAAUUACAUUUUACUUCUACCCUUGCCACAACAUUAUAAUUAAAUUUAUUUAAUUUUUUUAACGAACAAAAGACAACCUUCACUAAUGAGAAACAAUUUCCAAUUAUCUUCAAAAUAUUGAAGUUCACGCAUUAACGUUAUAUAAUUAAUUAAUCAAAUAUAAUUUUAAUUUAACUUAAUUAUCUAACGAAAACAUUGAAUUGCAACAGCCAAAUCUAGCCAGUUACAUAUUCAUAUAAACAAAUUUUGACCAUAUAAAAAAGAAACAUAAAAUGCGCCGCAUUCAUCCAUACAAACAUAAAACAAGUUUACACUUGAAUCAAUAAUAGCAAACAUACUUGCACAAACGACGAUCAUGUAAAUAUGUAUGUUUAUGAGACGAAAAAAAAAAUCAGUGAAAAGUAUUCCUAUGUUAGGUUAGCUGUUAAGCUGCACAGAAGCUUUUAAUUUUUUUUAUGAAAGUCAGUUGGUGAACGCAGUUGAAAAUAUGUAGCCUAAUUACAAAGAAAGGAGGAAGGCUUUUUUUAAUUAACUAGUAACAUGGUCCGGGUUUAGUGUGGAGCAGUAUUUCAAUGAUUUCGAUCCAUAUGCUGUGUAGAAGUAAACGAUAAAUUAUCGGGUACAUGUGUAUACAUACAUAUACAUAUUUGCUUGUGGUAGUGUCUAAAAAAAUAAUUUUACGCAACUGUUUUAAAACUUUUAUAAAAAUGUAUAAAUAAUCCGUUUUCAUCGGCGAAAUUAAAUGACAAAUCUUAAAAAUAUGUUGGAUUUUAGAUGACUGAUGUUAAAAAUUUCAAAUUUUAAGAUUUUCUAUAUUUAACGUUGCGUAUUUUGUUUCAUAAGUCAAUCUACCAGUUUCACUGCCAAACACAAACCCUAAUUGAAAGCACACAACAAAUAACACAUUUUAUGAAAGUUGUGCAAGUCCCUUUUAACAUACGUCAAAUUUACUAUACCUUCGCAACAUAGCAAUACAUAUGUACAUAAUAUAAGAAAUAUAUUUCAAAAAACUUUGCUGCAUACAUAUACAUACAAUUAAAUGAACUUUUCCAAAGACACAACGGAAUUUGUAAAAGAAUACACGUAAGCCCUAUGGAAACUUUUAAAGAAAUACUUUUGUCAUUUCCCAGCUGAAAUAUAACCUAUAAAUAAAUUUAUUUAGCAAUCGUAGUAGUUUGAGCACGCUGAGUUUGCUUUUUGAAUUUGAUGUAUGCCAUUCCUCCACCUUUACAUGAAAGUCAUUUCGUAUUGAAUAAAAUUUUAAAACAAAUAUUUGAGUAGUAUAUUCAAAUUGUCGCCAACUCAUUCACUUUGUGCUUUAUUCCGCUGCUGUUCGUAUUCCUACCGAAGUAACACGAAAGUCUGCAAGCGACUUUGCAUUCGAAUUUUAAUAUUGAGAAGAAAUAGUGUGUUAAAAUUACUUUUAGUAAAUCUAAAAAAUUUAACUGCUGAAAGUUGUUAGUAUCGAAGCCAAAGUCAAAUUAUACAAACAAAAAAGAAAUUGAAGGUGUGCAAAGCAGGAUAGAAGUUAACAAAUAUAAAUAUUUUUUUAAAUGCCAUAUAUAUAUGUAUGCUAAGUAUAUAUACAUAUAUAUUUGUAAAUGUGAGGAAAUAAGCGAAAACAUAAAACGUGAACGUUAAUUUAUAAGAAAUAGUUUUGUAUUUCACUAAACAAAAUGCAAUUAUUCGAAUAUUCCUAACCAAAAAGUCCCAAACAAAUUUACAGUCAUACAUUAAGCAUGUAUGCACAAACACACAUACAUAUACAUAUAUACAAUGUAUAUACUUAUGCUAUUGCUAACACAGUUAAGCAAUUUGCAAAUUAAAUUUCUCGUUGAGAGAAAAACCAUUGAAAAAUGUGUGUAGUAAUUAACUGGGGCAUUUGGUUAAACAACUAACAAAUUUCAUACAAUGUUUCUACCAACUUUGCUGUUGACACUAAAGCAAAAUUAAGAAACAAAAUCAACUGAAAAUGGCAUUUUUCACAAUUAAUUUCUUAGUUUUUUCGUAAAUAUAAAAAUUGUAUCAAAUGUUACUAAACAGCCGCAAUCACAUGGUUUUGCAGAAAAAAAAUAUAGGCUUACCAAAAUAUACGAGUAUAACUCUAUACAUACGUCAUUUGUAUGUAACAACUUCGUUAGUUAACGAUGAAAAAGCGAUAAACUCGUUUUCGUGGCAGAUAAAUGCAUUGUAUAUGUAGGUACUUUUGGGCAGGAACUUAACCAAAAACAAAAAAAAAAAACGGACAAAAUUA